GCGAGUUAAAAAACACGUGGAGAGUGACAGUUUCGUAAUGAAUUUCGUGAGCAAAUGCAAUAAUGAGCAGCUAUCACGAUUAAUCAUUAGGAUAUAAAAAUUGUAUGAACAAUUACAAAAAUGCAGUCAAAAAUUCCUUUGGAGCUGACACUUGCCAUUUUGAAACCACAUGUCAUCAAGAAUCCAGUAGUUCUCCAGAAAAUUCACGAUAUUAUCCUUGAGAAUGGAUUCAAAGUGGUUAGGAGUCGACGGAUAAUUAUUACUCCACCGGAAGCUGAUUUAUUCUAUCAGGAGCACAGGGGAAAAUUCUUUUAUAACAGGCUAGUCACGUUCAUGUGCAGUGGACCCUCUGAUAUCAUGAUUUUAGCUGGAGAAAAUGCAAUUUCGAAGUGGAGAGAACUCAUGGGACCGACAAAAGUUUUUCAGGCACAAUAUUCAGCUCCCGAUUCCAUUAGAGGCAAAUUUGGGCUAUCCGAUACGAGAAAUGCAACACACGGUUCUGAUUCCACAGAAUCAGCGGAACGUGAAAUGCGAAUAUUAUUCAAAGACUUCGAUCUGAAAUCAUGGCGGGAAACUGACGAAUGUCUUCAGCAAUUAGGACAGAUAAAAUUAGAUUAUAAAUCGUUUACAAGUACUACGGACGAGAUAUCCAUGAAAUGAAUCCAAUUGGAGAACAACUGAGCAAGUGGAAAUUGAAUUAUAAAUUGAAUUAUCGUGAUAA